AUGUCCUCCUUUAAGAAGGAUGAUGAGGCAGGCGCCAUGUCCUUCUACCAUGAUAAGAGCACCGUCCUCCAGGAAGCCCGCGUCUUCAACGAGUCCCCCAUCUCCCCUCGCAAAUGUCGCGCCCUCCUCACACGCAUCGUUUACCUCCUUUACGUCGGCGAGACCUUCUCCACACACGAGGCCACCACCCUCUUCUUUGGCGUCACCAAGCUCUUCCAGCACAAGGAUGCCGCGUUACGACAGAUGGUCUAUCUCGUCAUCAAGGAGCUGUCGAGUAUCGCCGAGGACGUGAUCAUGGUCACGUCCUCAAUCAUGAAGGACAUGCAGCCCAACCUCGAGGUCGUCUACCGCCCCAACGCGAUCCGCGCAUUGGCGCGCAUCAUCGACGCGCAGACGGUGCAGUCGUUUGAGCGCUUCUUCAAGUCGGCGCUCGUUGACCGCUCGCCACCCGUGUCUUCGGCGUCCAUCACCUCGGCGUACCACCUCUUCCCCAUCGCCGGUGGCGUCAUCAAGCGGUGGAGCAACGAGGCGCAGGAGGCCGUCAACGCCAAGGCCGUAUCGUCGUCGUCGUACACACCCUCGAUGGCGGCCGCGUACAUUUCGGGCGGCGGUUCCAACGGGUACCAGAGUGUCUCGAGCUCGAGCUACAUCAUGCAGUACCACGCGCUCGGCCUGCUCUACCUCAUGCGCGAGAAGGACCGCAUGGCUGUCACCAAGAUGGUCCAGCAGUUUGGUGCCGGCAAGUCGGCGAGUAUCGUGCGGAACCCCAUGGCCAUCUGCAUGCUGGUCCGCUUUGCGCGCAAGAUCAUGGACGAGGACCCCAAUGUCCAGAAGCAGAUGCACGAGUACCUCGAGGGCCUGCUCCGCCACAAGUCGGACAUGGUCAACAUUGAGGCUGCGCGCGCCAUCUGCGAGAUGCGCAACGUCACCAGCGCCGAGCUGUACCGCCCGGUCGCCGUCCUCCAGCUCUUCCUCUCGUCGCCCAAGCCCGUGCUCAAGUUUGCUGCUGUCAAGACGCUCAGCAAGCUCGCCCAGACCCACCCAGACGCUGUCACCAGCUGCAACCUCGACCUUGAGAACCUCAUCUCGGACUCGAACCGCAGCAUUGCGACCUACGCCAUCACGACCCUGCUCAAGACGGGCAACGAGGCGAGCGUUGACCGCCUGAUGAAGCAGAUCUCGUCGUUCAUGACCGACAUCACCGAUGAGUUCAAGAUCAUUGUCGUUGACGCCAUCCGCUCCCUCUGCAUCAAGUUCCCCAGCAAGCAGGCCGUCAUGCUUACCUUCCUCUCAGGCGUACUGCGCGACGAGGGUGGUUACGACUUCAAGCUGGCUGUUGUCGAUGCCAUUUUUGACAUGAUCAAGUUCAUUCAGGACUCGCGUGAGGUUGCACUAGCGCAUCUGUGCGAGUUUAUCGAGGACUGCGAGUUCACCAAGCUCUCGGUCCGCAUCCUCUAUCUCCUUGGCAUCGAGGGUCCCAAGACACGCAACCCCACCAAGUACAUUCGUUACAUUUACAACCGCGUGGUGCUCGAAAACGCCGUCGUCCGUGCCGCUGCGGUCUCGUCGCUCGCCAAGUUUGGCGUGUCGACCAGCGACACGACCGUGCUGAAGAGCAUAGGCGUACUCCUCCGCCGUUGCCUCGACGACGUUGACGACGAGGUCCGCGACCGUGCGGCCAUGUACCUCAAAGUCAUCGAGGACAAGCAGCUUGCGGACGCCUAUGUGCGCGACGAGGCUGUGUGGUCGCUUAGCGCCCUCGAGAGCUCGCUCAUGUCGUACAUCAAAGACGACAGCAAACACGCGCAGGCGUUUGAUGUCGCGUCGGUCCCGAAGAUCAGCCGCGACCAGGCCGCAUCGGAGGUCUCACAGCGGCCAUCGGCGCUUGAGACUAUCGCCUCGAGCUCGGCUGCCCCCGCGGCGUCCUCGACCCCGCAGCCCACGGCGACUGAGACCGCGUCCAACUACGCCGAACAGCUUGCCAGUGUGCCCGAGUUUGGGAGCUACGGGCCUGUUCUCAAGUCGUCGGUCAAGCCCGUCGAGCUCACAGAGAGCGAGACCGAGUACGCUGUGGCGGCCGUCAAGCACAUCUUCAAGGAGCACAUUGUCUUCCAGUUCAACGUGUCGAACACCAUCCCAGACACGGUGCUCGAGCAGGUGUCGGUCAUCAUGGUGCCGGCCGAGGAGGAGACUGGCCUCACUGAGGACUUCAUUAUCCCCGUGCCGUCCCUCACGACGUCGUCAGGUGCUGGCCAGGUGUACGUCUCGUUUACGCGCGACGACCCGGCCGAGUACCAGACGGCGACGUUCAGCUGCACGCUCCAGUUUGUGUCCAAGGAGGUCGACCCGUCGAGCGGCGAGCCCGAAGAGGAGGGUUACGACGAUGAGUACCAGGUCGAGGACCUGGAACUGGGUGCGGGUGACUACAUUGUGCCGACGUACGUGACCUUUGCGAGCGAGUGGGACAAGCUCGCCACUGGGCCGAGCGUCACCGAGACGUUUGCACUGUCGGGCUCCGAGUCCCUGCGCGACGCCGUCAAGAGCCUCAUCGAGGUGCUUAACAUGGAGGCGCUGGGCGGCACCGAGGCACCGACGUCAACAUCGGUGCAUACACUCAACAUGAGUGGCAUGGUCGCAGGCGGCGGCGGCAAGGUGCUCACGCGCUGCCGCAUGACGUUCGCGGCAGGCCAGGGCGUCACCCUCGAGCUGGCGGUACGUGCGGAGAAGGAGGAGGCCACGCGUCUGGUCAUGGCAGCGAUUUAG